UACUCUUCGGAGUUUGUUUAUAGUGCCCCAGUAGCGAUAUUCAUUUGUUCAGGCAUGUAUGUUUCGAAAGUGGGCGCUGAGAUAUUUUGUUUAUAUCAUCCAUCGAUUAAAUGUGUGAUUUGUUGUGCAGUGUGUUUUUCAGUUGUGACGCCGGUUCGUUAUCUCCCAAUAAUGUAAAAUGAGAUUAAAACUCUUUCGUGUAAAUAAGAAAUGGAUAUUGUUAUUUUCUGUGACUGUGUGUUUCUUUGGAUAUUUCGGGCUGUUCACGCAUUUAUUUGAACGAGAUUAUAAAAGCAGCUUCAGCUAUCCGUAUGAGGGUGAUAUACGACGUUUUGUAGACCAGCUUAAGAAUAACGAAACACCUGACGUUAAGCCAAUCAAUGUGUACAAUUAUAGUUUCAUUUCUGCGUGUACGAAGAAGUGUAGCACUCCAGCCAAAGAAGUCCUUCGAAUAGUAUACAUUGUAAAAUCUGCACUGCCUAAUUUCCAUCGCCGAAAGGCAAUACGAGAAACGUGGGGAUUUGAAAAGAGAUUUUCUGACGUGCAAAUCAGAACAGUUUUUGUUCUUGGUGUGACUGCAGAUGAUCGAAAACUGCUACAAGAAGUUCAGAAAGAAAGCGCAAGACAUGGUGAUAUUGUGCAGGCAAACUUCAUCGAUGAUUAUUUCAAUAACACUAUUAAGACAAUGAUGGGAAUCUCAUGGGCUAUCGCAUAUUGUCCCAAUGCGCAAUUCUAUUUUUUCAGUGAUGAUGACAUGUAUGUAUCAACAAAGAAUGUAUUGAGGUUUAUACGGAAUCCGGCUCACUACCCGGAAUAUUUAGAGACUCCUGUCAUUUCACUAAGGAGACGCGAAAAACGGAACGUAAUUGAAGGACGUGCCUCACACGACCUGCAAUACAAUACUUCUGGUCAGAUGAUGCGACGCUUACAUCAAUUUCAAGAUUUUGAAUUGGCUGACGAUGUUGUUUUAUUUGCAGGUUUAAGAAACCAAGUGAUGCAUGUGAUCUAGCAGUACAGGAGUGAUGGAAAAACUUUGAGCUGAGUGGAAUUUUUUUAGUGCACCUACUGUUUUUGUAGAACACAUUUAUUGUGACAACCUCUGUAUCUUACGUCCAAGGUAAACGUUAUAAUUAAAAUCUAUUUAAGAUAAUGUACUGAUAAUGUAAAAAUAUAUAAAUUCACUGCUCAUUUACAAUUAAGAUGAUCUCAUUUAUGGUGUUAACAGACAAUGCAGAACAAGUUUUAAUCAUAUUUCAUUUAGACCAUUUUUUUAGUAGAAAUAAUUUAUAAUUAAGUUUUCACUGUAAUAAUUAUUUUACUGAGAGGCAGAGAAGAAGCAAAUGUUAGCAGUAAGGCACUGUUGGUGUCUUGGCAAGGUUGAAAUUAUUAGCAAAUUGAAUUACGAUAUAAUUUUUUAUUGUAUUCUAAAUGGAGUAUUUCAAAUCUUGUGAACAAGAUGGCUCAUUGUCUGUUAACUUUAAUAGAUGUUCCUAAGCUCACACUAAAAGACUGACAAAGAAUGUAUAAUGGAGAUGUUAAACAAGUGGAGCCAGAAAUUAAAGAAGAAAGCAGUGAUAUUGUUAAUUACAUGGAUCAUUUUGGGUAAACUUUUAUUAUUAGGACUGAUGUUGUUAAUCUCACAACCAAAAGACUGACAGAGAAUGUAUAAUGUAAUUGUAAAAAAGAACCAGGAACUAAUAAAGCAGAAAUUCUGCUGA